AUGGAGAGAUUAAUUCGAAGUUUUCACACUAGAAGAGAAGAAAAGAAACUUCGUGAAAGUAUGGUCUCUUACAACUUUAUUAACUAUUUCUUUGCUGCUGGGAGUUUUUCAGUAAAGAAAGAUAAGCAAAUAUUCGCCUCCUGUCUUGCCAUAAAAUUAGAAGCGCUGCAAGGAUUAUACAGAAUAUACCCGACUAAUAUCCUCCUUUCACUCCUUGACAUGCUAAAUGUGCAUCCCUCCAACAUUAACACCUAAUUAAUACAGCGUCAGGGAGCCUGGUAUAUACCAUAAUCACCGCACACAGCAUCAGGGGCCCCUUUAUAUUACAUAAUCCCCACAUACAGCAUCAGGGGGCCCUGUAUAUCACAUCAUCACCGCAUACAGCGUCAGGGGCCCUAUUUAUCACAUAAUCACCGCAUACAGCGUCAGGGGCCCUAUAUAUCACAUAAUCACCACAUACAGCGUCAGGGGGCCCUGUAUAUCACAUCAUCACCGCAUACAGCGUCAGGGGCCCUAUUUAUCACAUAAUCACCGCAUACAGCGUCAGGGGCCCUAUAUAUCACAUCAUCACCGCAUACAGCGUCAGGGGCCCUAUUUAUCACAUAAUCACCGCAUACAGCAUCAGGGGGCCCUGUAUAUCACAUCAUCACCGCAUACAGCGUCAGGGGGCCCUGUAUAUCACAUCAUCACCGCAUACAGCGUCAGGGGCCCUAUUUAUCACAUAAUCACCGCAUACAGCGUCAGGGGCCCUAUAUAUCACAUAAUCACCACAUACAGCGGGGCCCUGUAUAUCACAUCAUCACCGCAUACAGCGUCAGGGGCCCUAUUUAUCACAUAA